ACCUUGUCAAGCUCUUGAACGAUUUUGUAAGAUAUUUAUAAGUGUGUACUGCUUAUCGAAAACACACAGAUAAUGGCUUCUCUAGACCUGGAUCCGGUGUUUGUAAAAGCCCUAAAGCUCUUACACUCGCGUAGUAAGGACUCCGGGGCACAGCUUAAACAGAUGCUAGAUGAUGCUAUAGCACAGAGGCAAGGGCAGGUGAAGCCUAAGACAAGCAGUUCAGAUACUGAGAAGUCAUCAGAAAAGUCUUCAUCAAAGCAUUCAAGCAGUUCUAGGAGAGAUGAGGAGUACAGUAAGAAGGCGGAGAAACGGUCCAGUGAUAAGACUAAAAGUGGGUCAGAGGCCUCACCAGAAGUGCCCGCUAAGAAGGCUCGAUUGGACGACUCUCAUCGGGACAAAGACUCGUCCAGAGAAAAACACUCAGAUAGGGAAAAAGAUAAAGACAGGGAAAGGGACAAAGAUAAAGAGAGGUCCAAGAAGGAUAAGGAUUCAAAAGAGAAAGAGAAAGAAAGGCGGGAAAGAAAAGAGCGGGAAAGAGAAAAAGAGCGGGAAAAAGAAAAGGCAAAAAAAGAGGAGCUAGAAAAAGAAAGGGAAAGAGAAAAACAGAGAAUGAAGGAGAAAGAAAAGCAGAAAAAGACAGAAAAGAAAGUGGAGGACGACUCUUCGACGGAGGAAGAACUGGAUAAAAGUAUGGAUGCGGAUGAUUUCGCCAUCGGGCUAGGGAUAUCGUGUGUAGUGUGCAAGCAGUUUGAUGUGAUGCCAGGAAAUCAGCUGGUUGAGUGUCAAGAAUGCCACAGUCUAUACCACCAGGAGUGUCAUCGGCCAGCAGUCAUAGAACAGGACGUGAAUGACCCGCGAUUUGUGUGGUACUGUUCUCGCUGUGAGAAAACCAUGAAGAAGAUGGUUGGUAAAACUCAGAAGUCCAAAUCUGGAGUGUCUGCCGCAACCCCGGAGAAGCUUGAAAAGCCUGUGUCGAAACCUUCCAAGUCAGAACCCACAAGUCUGUUUGCCUUCAACAGGCGGGAGACCAAACUCAGCACAUCAUCGUCUAAAGAGAGUUCCACAUCUGGUUCUGCGAAGCCUCUUAGUGGACUAGCCAGUCUGGCAGCUAACUUGUCAGGCCAGUCUAAGUCAAGCAGUCAGAAAACUGACCCAGUGAAAUCAUCCAGCUCGAAAGCUGACUCUUCCAAGUCGUCUAACAGUCAGUCAAAGCCUGAAUCUACUUCAAAAUCUUCAAGUUCAUCUUCGUCUUCAUCAAGUUCUUCAUCAAAAUCGUCAGAUCAUGUUAAGUCUUCAUCUGGAAAAUCAGAUUCUAAAUCUAAGUCUGAUUCAGAGAAAUCUUCGAGUGAAAAGUCGAAAGAUAAGGAUAAAGGUAAGUCUGACCAGAAGCCUUUCCAUCGACCUUCACAAGAUACCAAGGUCACCUCACGGGCAUCUCCUGAUGCUUCAAAGAUGUUUGGUGGACAAAAAUCGUCUUCUGAUUCCAGUAAAAUGUUGAAAUCUCAGUCAACAUCUGCUUUAUCAUCUUUGAAUUCAGCGAGUAAAUCGUCUUCGUCAUCAGCAUCAUCAUCGUCUAACCAGGGUGGUCAGAAUUCUGUUGUAAAUGCGGAUAAAAGACUGCAAAUGAUGAAGAAAAAAGCUGCUGCCAAAUUGACUGAGAAAAGAUCGUCCACAAAAUAAAAACAGCAUCUGUACAGUCAUCAAAAUAGGACAUUAUGAGAAACAAAUCUGAAUUCUUAAGAUGCACUCUUACGCCCAAAUCAGAUUUACCACUAUUAAUGAUAUUGUUGUAAUAUUUAAAAAAGGAUGAAUAAAUGUCGAAAACAAUGGUUUUUAUGAAGAAAACCGAGUCUAAUUUGAAAGAAAUGCGCAUAAACCAUGGUAUUUCUACCUUACGAAACCGUAGUAGUCCACAGUAAAUCUUUUAGCAUUCACCAAUCAUUUAAUAUUUUUUCGCUUUCUUCAAUUAAAUACACGGUUACAAUCUUGUUAUCAGUACAUAAUCUUUUCCAUAAAUGCAUUAUUUAGUAAGUAGUUAAAGGUUUAUCAGUCAAAAUUGAUGUUUGCUAUACAUGAGUAUGUAUUGAUUUUGAAUAAGACUGUCACUUUAGUCUUCUCUUGGCAUCAAAGAUUUUAACAAGCUCUUCUGUAUAACAAAUCAAGCAAGUCCAAAAAACAUUUUACAAGCGCAUGGUUGCUGUGUGCAAGUGCUUACUUUGACUACUGUUUAUAUAGUAUUAAAACUAUUGUCAUUGUUGUCUUAUAUAUGUUUUAUGUCAAUGACUAUCUGAAAUGUAUGUGUCUUAAUUAGAUGAAAAUAUUGUCCAUAAAGGCAUGUCUAAAAAAUAAAGUAGCACUGCAGAAAUUCAACACUUGCGUUGUUAAAAAAAAUAUAGGAAUUUUGGAAGAUUUUCAUUCAUUUCCCAGGGAUAAAAUUAAAGGUGAAAUAUGCCCCCUCCCCUCCCCACCAUUAGGGGGUAGGGGCAUUUAACUUUAGGCUUCCUUCAUGUUAAAAAUCAUUAGAACAGUUCAAAAUGAUAAACGAGAUAUACAUGUAUUCUUUGUAUCUGGUAAGCACAGGCUAGCCUAUAUAUAUUCAUCUGAAUAUAAUGUCUCUUGGUAGAUAAAAUGCUGUUGAAAAGGGAAUUUUAUUUUGUAUUGUCAAAGAUCAAUUAAAUUAUUAUAGCAAAAAUAACAUGCAUUGCUUUUUUAUAUGGUACAUUUAUUGUUAGCUCGCCAAGGUAUUGUCAUGGUGGUAUUGUCCUAGUGUAUUCAGUCUCUCCAGCGUUCAUACUUUCUCCUACUCUCCCUUCUUUUCCUACUUUUAAUACAUUUUGAAAAGCCCUACUUUUUCCUUCAUCUUGUCAAUACCCAUUAUUUUUGUGUGUGAAAAAUUAUCAGUUUUUAGCUUUAUUUGUUCAUUUUGUUCACAAAUUACCUAGGAUUCCAGUGGUGCAAUUAAGUAAAUUGAACCGUUGAGACAUGAGAUGGCCUGAUGGCUGUAAACAUUUCAACAACUUGAAGCAGUUCAGGGAUAAGUUUCAUCACAGGUUUAAUAAAAUAGGAAGAAGACAUUGUACAAUAAUUUUUAAGUUAGAAAGUUGUUGAUCUUAAACUGUCGAUGUACAUGUUCGUUAUUUUCAUACUCAUUGUCACAAAACGAUACUUUCUUCUACUGUGUUUUCAUAAAAGCUCCAAAUGUAUUCCUACUUUUUUUAUGGGACAUUGUUUGAGAGCCUGUUUAUUGAUAUUUGAAGAAUUGCUUUAUUGAAUUAUAUACUGAGAUAUUUAUAAUGUUGGAAUAAAGAUACUUUUUCAUGCUAUUCAUUGAAAUAUCAUGUAAUUUUGAUAUUUGUUGUAGUAUUUAUUAAAUAUAUGCAGAAAUGUU